GCCAGUGUCAAGUCCCUCCAUCUACGAUGGAUUCGACACUGGUCUAUGCAGACUUAAACCUAGCCAGGAUCCGAGAGCCUAAUCAUGAACCGCCUCCACCUCUUUCCCCAGACACCUGUCGGUGCCCACGCUGGCAUCGGUUGGCUCUGAAAUUUGGCUGUGCUGGCCUCAUCCUUCUUGUGCUGGUCGUGAUUGGACUCAGUGUCUUAGUGGUAUCAUUAGUACAAAAAUUGUCAGUAAAAGGAAUCAGCAUGGAUGUUCAAAUGAAAAGGACAAAUGCAACAGACAGUCCAGCUAAGUUAGAGUGCCCCCAAGACUGGCUGUCACACCGAGAUAAGUGCUUUCAUGUUUCUCACGUUUCCAACACUUGGAAGGAAGGUCUAGCUGACUGUGAUGGGAAAGGAGCCACUUUGCUGCUCAUUCAAGACCAAGAAGAACUGGGAUUCCUACAGGACUCAAUAAAGGAAAAAUAUAAUUCAUUUUGGAUUGGACUAAGUUACAUAUUGCCAGACAUGAACUGGAAGUGGAUGAAUGGCUCAACUUUAAAUUCUGAUGUAUUAAAAAUCAGUGGUGCCACUGAACGUGACAGCUGUGCCGUCCUCUCAGAGGGCAAAGUGAUUUCCGAGAGCUGUGCUUCAGACAACCGUUGGAUCUGCCAAAAGGAACUAAACCGUGAAACCCCGUGUAAUGACUCCUGACUGCGAAUCCCAUCCCGAUUACUUUACCAUCCGCACCACACCAGAUCUCUGCCCCUGACCUGUCUCUGCUGUCUGCCUCCCAGUGCAGUGAGUGGCACAGCACACGGACUCUAAGAGCACUGGAGUUCAGUGAGUGGCACAGCA